AUGUGUAUUCGCCAAGUCCUGAUCCUAUUCGCCCUCCUUGCUAGUUGCACCAUUUCAAUCGAUGCAGAACAGCGGGUCCUCGUAAGCGAGCAGCGCACUGUGGACCGUGCGAGAUCGUUGCGUGCCGCCGAGUCCACCAACAAUGAAGAACGAAUAAUGACAGAAAUCAUCAAGCGUCUUAGAACGGCAACCUGGAUCGAGACCGGGAGAACUGAUGACUACGUCAAGACAACGCUAAGACUUGACAAUCUCUCCGGGGCUGCGCUUAAAUCUGCCCCAAAUUACAUGUACUAUGAGCAUUUUUUGAACGCUCUUGAAGGACGAAUAUUGGAGGUAUGGCUGUCCAAGGGAGUUCCCACGAAAAACGUAUGGGCAACGUACAAACUGGACGAUAUUCCUACAGCCCAACUCAAUGACAACGAUGGUUUCAAGACAUAUCUGCGCUAUGCGAUAAUGGAGGAUAACAAAAUUUUCAAACUGAAAAGCAAUGAUCAGCCCGUAGCGAUCGACUAUAGCGGCACUCCAGCGGAGUUGAAAGCUAAGGUGGAUAUGUGGGUCUCGUUAAAGCGUCCAAACUAUUAUGUCAGCAGGAUGCUGGAUCUGGAUCGCAGAUCCAUAAACACCUUCAGACGUAGUCCAAAGUUUCAGCUAUACGAGAUGUUUCAGAUGAAAACUUGGGCGGCGAAAGGUUAUCCAACGAAUUAUUUCUGGAAAGACCACAGGUUGCAUGAGGUCCCGCAACAACAACUGCAGAACAAUGGCCUCUACAAGAAGUUUGUGCGUUACGCGAUGAUGGUAGAUGACGAGAGCUUUAAAAAUGGGAAGACGGUCAAGAUCACGGCUGACGAAUCCAAGGCGGAGAUCAGCACAAAAGUGACGAUUUGGGCCUCCAAGGAUAGACCUUUCGAGUACGUCAAAAAAGUGCUGGGACUGAGAGGUGCCGCAGACACGACUAAUGCAAACUACAAGUACUUCGAGGAUUUUUUGUUGCAGACAAAUAGACCGAAGAAAAGUAAAUAA